AUGAAUGAUGCACCUGAUUCCAAAGCUGACGAAAGCUUCCAUACAGAAGUAACAUUGGCAGCACCAUUCGGAGUUUUAGCAGGAAACGAAAAAGCAGAUCCUACGCUUUCAUACACCUCAGAAAAAGAAGGCGAUAAACUGAUGUUCCCAAAGUUUGCAGGAUGGAUUCCAAAGAAAGUAGGUGUUUAUGCACUGUCUGAUCUUACAAAUGAAGCUGAUCUCACAAAUGAACCUGAUAAUUCCAAAGGGCACAAUUGCAGGCAUUGCAAUUAG